CAAGGAGGGAGAGGGAAGCAAACCAGAGAGGGAGAAUUUGGGGUUUCAACUCACAUCCCUCCUCCUCCUCCUCCUCCUCUUCCUCCACACGCACACACACACACACACACACACACACACACAGGCAGAAUUGCUUUAGGGUAUACCAGUCGGCUUUGGCAAUCCUUCCCUUUGUUGUUUCAGCUAUUGGUUAGUCUCGGCAGCAGCGUGGCGUGUGCCUCUAUCUUUGGGGAGGGUGUUUGUGUUUGUGGAGUCUACGAGGCAGUGUAUGAAAGGAUGCGGCUAACGGGAGCCGGGCUCCAGGCCCAUUGGUCGUCCGCCUUCCAACCAUUAUCUCCACUCGUCCACCCCUCUUUCAUCCUGUCUCCCUCCACUCUGCCUCCUUACAUGCCCAGUCAUCUCUGAGGUCGUUAAUUUAAAAAAAAAAAAAAAAGAGUUUGCAUGCAAUGCGGGAGCAGAAGUUUGCAGUGAGCACAGUAAAUGAAUUGGGAGAGAAGUAAAGGGAAGGCUGUCAGAAAGAAGAGGAAGCACAUUUGGGAGAAAAGUUUCAAGAGAAGACUGCAGCUGAAAAUGAGUCUGGAGGAGAUGUGGUGAGCAUUUCCUCUCCAAGUGAAUGCCAGUGGGUUAGAGUGGAAGCAGAAGGUCUGGAAGAACCGUCUCGACACCAAACCAUUGCAGAUGGAGGUGGAUGCGGACGAUAAGCACCACCGCACACGCUCCAAAGUACCUGUGGAUCCUGCAUUAACACAGCUUUUCAGUGUGUAUGGAUGCCCUAUGGCCAAGAAGAGAAAGAGUCUAGACAGACAGACCUUGGAGACCUCGCCCAAGAGAAGCACCUACCUAGAUGACAUGGACAACUCCACAAUGGAGGAGUGCUACGAGACAGACGGAACAGAGGAGAUGGGCGACAGAGAGGAGGAAGAGGAUGGAGCGCUCGAGGAGGACGAGGACGGUGAGGUGGAGGAGGUUGAAGGCUAUAUGGACUACAACGAAGAGCAAAUGGAGCAUGAGGAAGGCGAGAUGGGAAGAGGGGAGGGUGAGGAAGAGGUAGAUGUGGAGGACGAAGAAGCUGAAGAAGAGGAAGAGAGGGUGGAGGAGGAAGAGGAGGAGGAGACAGUGGCUGUGGAGGACUAUGAAGAGGGGGAAGAGGAGGAAGGAGAGCAAGGGCAAGAGGAGGAUCAUCCGAUGAGCGGUGGUGAGGGCGGUGCUGGAGAUGGCAGUGGCGGGAAUGCCAGGUCAGGUUCCACAGCGGAGAAGGAUGACAACAACAACGACGAGUAUGAAAACUAUGACGAGCUUGUGGCCAAAUCGCUGCUUAAUCUGGGCAAGAUCGCAGAAGAUGCCGCCAACCGGGCAAUGACAGAGUCAGAGAUGAACAGCAACUCCUCUCACAGUGCUGAGGAAGAAGAAGAGGAGGAGGAGGAGGAGGAUGAAGAGGAGGAGGAAGAAGAUGAGGAAGAGGAGGAGGAAGAAGAAGAAGAAGAGGAGGAAGAGGAGGAGGAGGAGGACGAGGAAGAAGAAGAAGAAGAAGAAGAAGAGGAAGAGAGCGAGGAUACACCAACAGAUCAUCAACAUGAUCUGAGUUUGGACGUUCAUAGCGACGUGGUUAGAGAGACUGUGGACUCGCUCAAACUCCUGGCACAAGGACACGGUGCUGUCUUGUCAGACAAUUUAGAGGGGCAGGACUAUGAGGAAGGCAUUGCUGUAAAUGGAGACUGUUCCCACAACGGCAUCGGUCUGCACAACGCUGGUAAUGGACUAGGGAAGACCACCGGUAAUGGACAAUUAGAAAACAGUGAUGAGGAAGUUUGUCUAAGCAGUCUGGAGUGCCUACGGAAUCAAUGCUUCGAUCUCGCUCGGAAACUCAGUGAAACGAAGCCCACAGACCGCAACGGGUCAUUCCAGCAGAAUCAUUAUCUAUGCGGGGACAUGAACCAGCAGCCCCAGCAUCACGGCUACGGGGAGUUCCAGCAUAGCCAGGAUGACAGACGAGCGCUCGACAGGAACUAUUCAGACAUGGACAAUCUCUUGAAGCUUGAGGAGCAGCUGAGCCCGCGGUCCAAGGCCUUCGCUAGUUGCGUACAGGGCGACCGGUUUCACCACCGGGACUUCGACGAAGACACGGCAUCUGUGACGUCCGACAGGUCAGAGGAAGUGUUUGACAUGACAAAGGGCAACCUGUCCCUGUUGGAAAAGGCCAUUGCGUUGGAGUCCCAACGUGCGAAGGCGCUGCGUGAUAAAAUGGAGGCGGAAGCAGCUCGGAGAGACGGAGCGAGGUACGGCCAUGACGACCACGGCUCACGGCAUGCCUACGGCGUUGAGCGUAAAGGACGACUCCAUGAUGGAAUGAAGAAGAUUUUCUAUCAUAAAGAUGCUUCCCGCGCAGACAAGAAGGAGAGCCGCUGUCCGACACCGGGCUGUGACGGCACGGGUCACGUGACCGGCUUGUACCCCCACCAUCGAAGCCUGUCGGGCUGUCCGCACAAAGACAGAGUGCCCCCGGAAAUUGUGGCUAUGUAUGAGAACGUUCUUAAGUGUCCUACGCCUGGCUGCACUGGACGCGGCCAUGUCAAUAGCAACAGAAACUCCCACAGAAGUCUGUCUGGAUGCCCCAUCGCCGCAGCCGAGAAGCUGGCCAAGGCCCAGGAAAAACACCAGAGCUGCGACGGCUCCAAGCCCAACCCGGCUUCUGAUCGAGUCUUAAGGCCUAUGUGCUUUGUCAAACAACUGGACUAUCCUCAGUGUGGUGACAAGAACAAUGUUUCCACCAGCACGCCCCGAUCCAACCUGGCCAAGGAGCUGGAGAAGUACUCCAAGACCAGCUUUGACUACAGCGCCUUUGAGGCCACCAACAACCACCAAGUGUACGGGAAACGGGCCAUUGCACCCAAGGUUCACGGGCACAGGGAUACCUCCCCUAAAGGAUAUGACGCCAAGCGCUACUGCAAGAACUCCAGCUCAGCCAGCAGCACCAGCAGCACCUACGCUCCCAGCAGCAGCAGCAGCAGCCUGAGCUGCGGAGGUGGAGGAGGGGGUGUCGGAGGAGGAGGCGGAGGCAGCAGCGCCAGCAGCACCUGCAGCAAGAGCAGCUUCGACUACAGCCACGACAUGGAGGCCGCGCACAUGGCCGCCACGGCCAUCCUCAACCUGUCCACACGCUGUCGGGAGAUGCCCCAUGGAAUGGGGGGGAAGUCCCAGGAUCUGUGCUCGCAGAGUCCCGGCCUGGAUGUUGACGAAAACGGGACACUGGACCUGAGCAUGAGCAAGCGUCUGUGCGGUGGCGGAGGGGACUCUGUGCUCACCCCGCUAGAGCCCAUGUCCCCCCAGAGGCAAGCGGCCCUUCUGGGUUCCCGCUGCUACGGCAUGGGGGACGCUGCCGACUGUUGGGACCUCCCUGUAGACUACACCAAGAUCAAACACAUAGAUGAGGACGACAAAGAGGAUGACCUGGACCCCUUCCAAGACCUGCUGGAGGAUCGCUCCUACGCCACAGAUGUUAACAUGGCCAGUCCCAAGGCCAAGUACGCCCAGUGCAAGGAGACUAAGAAGGACCUGAUAACUCUCUCAGGUUGCCCAUUAGCUGAUAAAAGUAUUCGGAGCAUGCUGGCCAACAACGCGCAAGAGCUCAAGUGCCCGACACCAGGGUGCGACGGUUCGGGACAUAUCACUGGCAACUACGCCUCUCACAGAAGCCUCUCAGGGUGUCCACGGGCCAGGAAAAGUGGCAUUAAGAUCAUCCACAGUAAAGAGAACAAGGAAGACCAAGAGCCUAUCAGGUGUCCUGUUCCUGGUUGUGAUGGUCAGGGUCAUGUGACAGGAAAGUAUGCAUCCCACAGAAGUGCAUCAGGAUGUCCCAUAGCAGCCAAGCGACAAAAAGAUGGCUACCUAAACGGCAUCCAGUUCACGUGGAAGUCCGGCAAGACGGAGGGGAUGUCCUGCCCCACGCCGGGCUGCGACGGCUCGGGUCACGUCAGCGGCAGCUUCCUGACGCACCGGAGCCUGUCGGGCUGCCCGCGUGCCACCUCCGCCAUGAGGAAAGCCAGGCUCUCCGGAGUGGACAUGCUCACAAUGAAGCCGCAGCGCAGCAGCAACGGGUUGCAUCACGAAGAGGAGCUCAAGCAUCUGGACGAAGAAAUCAAAGACUUAAGUGACUCAAAUUCACAAGUGGAAGCAGACAUGAUCAAACUCAGAACUCAGAUCACCACUAUGGAGUCCAACUUGAAGUCCAUGGAGGAGGAAAACAAGAAACCGCUGGCACACAAAGAACCUCUUCUUCGGACUAACGGCUGCUUACAGCUCCACCAGCAAGAGCCAAUCGAACAAAACUUUGAUGCCUACGUCACUUCCUUAACGGACAUGUACGCAACCCAGGAGCAGUACCGCAGUCCGGAAAACAAAGCCCUGUUGGACAACAUCAAGCAGGCGGUCCAAGGGAUCCAAGUGUAACCGUCCGGCAAAGGCAGCCUCACGCUCACCCCUGCAAGAUGUGGCUGAAGGUUCCAUCUCCUUGGCGCAGAGCGGUUACUUAGGAUGUACAGUGUUAUAUAUUCGGAAUACUUUAAGAAAAAGGGAGGUAUUAUGCUUCGCGAGAGACGUUAAGAGUCAUUUCUUCUCUUCUCUUUUCUUUUCGGGGGUCUUGCUUCGAGGAGGGCCACAAAAGCAUAAACAGCAAAAUAGUUUUUGAGGACAUUUUGUACGUUUUCAUAUGAGCUGACAGUGUCAUGUGAUGUUUCGAGCUGCUCACAUAUGCACAUUUUAGUGUGUACGACUGAACAGUAAGCUGAUACUAAGGGAACAGUUCUUUUUAUUGCUUGAGCGCAGAGCAUUUUCAGUGACAAACAAAAGCUGAGCUCGACAGUGCUAUCAAAGAGCAAAAGCUCAUGAAGAGGAAACAACAAUGUUUUUGCCUCGACGGGUGGUUUUCAAUUUGGUUUUUCUUUCUUCUUCUGUCUGGCUUGUGGAGUGUUCAAGGGCAAGAGCUGGCUUGCAAAUAUCUUUAUUUUUUACAAUGCUUGAAACAAUUGUGUGUGUUUUGUUUUAUCAUUUAAAAAAAAAAAAGGUGUAGCUGAACAGGGGGGGGGAUUUGUAAUCGGUGCUGUCAAUGAAUCUGGGGGGGGGGGGGGGGGGGGGGGGCAACUGACCGGACGUACAGUAUGUAUGUAUGAAUGUAUGUAUGAGCAGUUAUAUUGUAAACAUCAUUACACGGAAACCCGAUGGUGGAGAUCCCAUUGUUUAGGAGAGCAAAUUAUGACUUCCCGGGGGAACAGUGCAUGUGCAUUGUACGAUCACGUGCAUCUCAUCAUAUAAUCUCAAUUCCAAACGUAUGGACAACGACCUCGAGAUAUCACUCAUAUCCUCCUAUUAAAUCCAAACUGUGUGGAUAGAAUCGGAAAUAUUUCAGCAAUAUAAAAAGUCAAUCAUUUCUUUAUUGUAGUUAGGAGAUACAAUCUGCAAAGGAACAAAAUAUAGGGUAUAUGCAAUUUCUUCUUUGUAAACAAAGUGGGGCAACACUAAUCUUUCUAAUAUAGCCUUGUAAAGUAGUAAAAUAGUUAGUUUUUGUUUUUGUUUUUGUUUUCUACAAAUCUUUGAAUACCAAAAAGUUUUUUAAAAUGUAGGAGGAAUCUGAUUGUUGAGUUGUCCAAGUGAAACGUUCGGUCCACGACUUUUUUCUGUAAUAUUUUGCACAGGGACACCUUCGUUUCCAUGUUUUGAUGUUCUCACAGAACUAAAAGCAGUACCCGCGAGAGGAAAAAGAGGGUUUUGUAAAGAGUAUUUAUAGACAGGAGGACUUACAGGGUCACUGUCCCCACAUACGUGCCAGUAGACUAUUUGCACUUGUCCUUGAAGAUAUUACCCUUCCUUACGUAUGGCGACGUGCAAUUUUCCAGGUGACCUCUUUGGCACACAAUUGGAGCAACGAAGAGCUUGGAGCCACUGUGUGGAUUAAGUACCACUGAAAAAGGAAGAACAGGGAAGAGGAUGACUAUAACCAUAGCAGUUGUACUGUAGGCUAUUGUAAAAACAUGAUCAAUGUUCAUUUUUGCUAUGUUUUAGGAAGAUGACGUUAUCCCCCAGCAGCACUUUAUAUCUAAUCACUGUACAAAGGAGUUAAGAAAUGAAUCCAUUCAAGGUUUUCAAAAAGACGCAGAAGACAAGAAAGGCCUGGCGAAACAAGACCUUUUGAGAGGGAUUCCAAUCCGGCAUCACACACCCGGCGCGCCUCCAUUCUGUCGUUCUCGUUGUUAGCGGUCAUCCGAUUUUGCCUUGUCCUGAGCGAAUGCAGCGGAAUCUCAUCGAACGAACUUUGCCGCCGUCCCACUGCCGGGACCCUCUCCUGCGCAUCGCAACUGCAACCGCAACUGCAUUUGCCUUUUUCCGCGGCAUUGCGUCUGCGGCUUUUGCCAAUAUCGCGAUGCUUCACUAGACUCAUUGCUCGUACAGGUUUUUGGGAUGAGUUGUCGUUGUCGCUCAAAACGGAAAAAGGGAUUCCUAAAGCACAAACUGCUCGUCUGACGUUGGUACGUAAAUAACUAAUCUGAAGAGUUUUCCGUGACGAUCCAUAGGCAACACAAAAAGCUCGCCAUAUAUUUAAAGAAUGAUGACUUUUCAUUUUUCAAAUCAAACGUCAUAUCAUCAGAGUUGAGUCUACUUUAUUUGCACCAUUUCAUUUUACGAUGGCUUUCACUGACCAUGAACAAAGACUGGAUUUUGUAUAAACUAUUGUGUGCUCUCUGUGGAACUGAAGUUUGAUUUAUUUUUGUACGACACAGCAUGGAUUUGUUGACAUUUUAAUUUUGCUAUAAAUGUGUGGGAUCACAAGUUGCUGUGAUAUUUCCUUUAUAAAUUGUGAACUUUGUACAAUUUUUUGUCAUGCUGGAUGUUGACACAUCUUACUCGAAUAAAGAAAAAUGUGUUGCCAGAGGCCUGUAAAAUG